AUGGAGAAAGUCAACGGAGAUGAUAGAAUCAGCACCUUGCCCAGCGACAUUCUGGUCAACAUUCUUGACCGACUCGAUGUCCGUGAAGCUGCGAGAAUCAGCACCCUUUCCAGACGGUGGAGUCAGCUCUCUUGCAAGCUCCCUCGACUUAUCAUAAAGCCUCAGCCUGAUGGUGACUUGGUUCGGGUCAAUGCAGCUGCUGUUGAAGCGACAAAGAGCUUACUGACCCGCAGAUGUCCAGGGGAAGACACCAUCCGCCUCCUGUCUACCACCUUCUACUUGAGAGGUGAUGUCCCCGUAUCCAUUGGACAUGCUGUUGGCAGCGCCAUGGCGACACACAAGAUUGAGAACGCCGAAUUCACAGUUUUGACAGUCAAGAAACGCCGACAGUGCACUCUUGAUGAUGUGUUGAACUACGGCGCACAGUUUGUGUCAUUUUUUAACGAGUGUCUGAAUGCAUUUACUGGUUUGACGCGCCUCUACAUGGAGAAUUUGAGAUUUGUUGAAUCUGACUUCGUCUCCAACAUCUUCGUCACUUGCAAGCGAUUAAACUACUUAGGUUUUCUCAAUUGCGACACAGAGAAGCAUUUAACUCUCCAGGUUGAACACGCUCAACUCACUGAGCUCAGUAUGCUCAACUGCCGUUUUUACAAAGUCGAACUCAAGUGGCUCCCAAGACUCACCCGGACAACGUUCACAUGUUGGAUGGCUUUCGAAGAACUACCACUGUCAUUUGGUCAUGUCCCACUGCUCGAGUUUUUGAAUCUCACAAAUAUUGGUCUUAGUCGGCACAAAAUGGUCAUGUUAAGUACAUUACUUUGUGAGACACACAUACAAGAACUGUGGUUGGGGUUUAAAUGCGAAAAGAUUUGGGUUCAACCAGAGUACCUGAGCAAAAGGCUGGCAUCUGCGUUCUGCAGACUAAGGAUUGUCAGUCUAGUUUGCAUUCCUGAAGGGUCUGAUCUCAAGUGGACAAAUUUCAUUCUGGAAGCUGCGCCAUCACUUGAAGAGUUGUACAUGUCGGUAAUUGAUCAUCCGUGUGAAAUGAUAAUUGAUCCGAAAAGGAGGAUGGAACUCUUGCUUAGCGAGAACAAGUGCGUCGAGUGGGAAUCACCUAGACCACAUUUCAAGCACCGCCGCCUUGCCAAGCUGGUCAUCUUUUGCUUUGUAAAUUACAUGGUGAGUUAUGUCACGCGUGUCAUGAAAGCAGCGGUAAAUCUGAAGGAUGUGUACCUGUAUGAUAGACUGGCAUGUAGCAAGUGCAAACACAUGGCCGUUUUUAAGCCUGGUAGGCUUCCACGGGCAAAGAAGAAGUUGGAAGCGAUGAAGAAGCUGUUGGCCCAGGGCAUCGAGUCAGCUCCCAGAAUUCACUUGCAGACCCAUUCUGAAAUGGAGGCUGACCAUGCUGAAAGGGUUAAAGGCUACUUAUGUUCAUGAAGAUAGCUGAAGGCUUUCAGGAAGUUCAUGUAAUAAAGGUCGGUUGGACUAACUCUAUGACUUGUCUGGCUCUUGUUUGAUCUGCUUUUCUUUACUCAGAAGUCAGAACCACUUGUAAGUAGAAAAUUAAGAAUUACUCAAUCCUGUUGUACCGUAAGUAAAUUU